GGGUUCCAUGUUACUGGCAUAUAUAGGAGCUGGUCUUCCUUCUUUCUCGGCAUCACAACCUCCUUUCUUCUUCACUACCUUCUUAUUCCUCUUCUUCUUCCUCCUCUAGAUCAGAUCUACAUAUCAAUACUGCAUUCAAGGCUGCUGGGAAGAAACAAAAAUGGUGAAGAUUUGUUGCAUUGGAGCUGGAUACGUGGGUGGACCCACAAUGGCCGUGAUUGCCUUGAAGUGUCCUGAGAUCCAGGUAGCUGUUGUGGAUAUCGCCACCGCACGAAUCAAUGCUUGGAACAGUGACCACCUCCCCAUCUACGAGCCAGGCCUUGAAGAAGUGGUGAACCAGUGCAGGGGAAAGAAUCUUUUCUUCAGUACUGAUGUGGAGAAGCAUGUUGCAGAGGCUGACAUAGUCUUUGUCUCAGUGAACACACCUACAAAAACUCAGGGUCUUGGAGCUGGCAAAGCAGCUGAUCUCACCUAUUGGGAGAGUGCUGCAAGGAUGAUCGCUGAUGUUUCCAAAUCUAACAAAAUUGUGGUUGAGAAAUCAACUGUUCCUGUGAAAACAGCUGAGGCAAUUGAGAAGAUCCUUACCCACAAUAGAAAAGGCAUCAAUUUCACAAUUCUGUCAAACCCAGAAUUUCUUGCUGAGGGUACAGCAAUUAAAGACCUUUUCCAUCCUGAUCGAGUCCUUAUUGGAGGCAGGGAGACCCCAGAAGGUGCCAAGGCUAUACAAGCUUUGAAAGAUGUUUAUGCCCAUUGGGUCCCAGUUGAUAAAAUCCUUUGCACCAACUUGUGGUCUGCUGAACUCUCAAAGCUUGCGGCCAAUGCUUUUCUGGCACAAAGGAUCUCUUCUGUCAAUGCCAUGUCAGCACUCUGUGAGGCUACUGGAGCUGAUGUCAGCCAGGUGUCACACGCCAUUGGCACAGACUCCAGAAUUGGACCCAAAUUCUUGAAUUCAAGCGUUGGUUUUGGUGGAUCUUGCUUUCAAAAGGACAUCUUGAACUUGGUCUAUAUCUGUGAGUGCAAUGGCCUUCCUGAGGUUGCAACUUACUGGAAACAGGUAAUUAAGGUGAAUGACUACCAGAAAACUCGGUUUGUGAAUCGAGUGGUUUCCUCCAUGUUCAACACUGUCUCAGGUAAAAAAAUUGCCAUUCUGGGAUUUGCUUUCAAGAAGGACACAGGUGACACAAGGGAGACACCAGCCAUUGAUGUGUGCAAGGGGCUGUUGGGAGACAAGGCUCGUUUGAGCAUAUAUGAUCCACAGGUCACUGAAGAGCAAAUCACAAGGGAUCUGUCAAUGAAAAAGUUCGAUUGGGACCAUCCUGCUCAUCUUCAACCAUCAAGUCCAACUUCAAUCAAGACAGUGUCUGUGGUUUGGGAUGCCUAUGAGGCAACAAAGGAGGCUCAUGCUGUUUGCAUUCUGACUGAGUGGGAUGAGUUCAAGAAGCUUGAUUACCAGAAAAUUUAUGACAAUAUGCAGAAGCCUGCAUUUAUAUUUGAUGGUAGGAACAUCGUGGACGUUGAGAAGCUCAGGAAAAUUGGGUUCAUAGUUUUCUCUAUUGGCAAGCCCCUAGAUUCUUGGCUCAAGGACAUGCCUGCUGUGGCAUAAAAGGGGGCUGCCACCACAAUCUGCAACGGCUUUUUAGGUUGAAGUUAUUGACUUUUCGGGGGAGUUGAUUGUCCCUGUCUGAUAUAUUAAGCGAUUUUUUUGUAGUUAGAUUUCUGCUGCUAUUGUCUCUUGUCAUUACUUUUAUUUGAUCAGUGCCCUAUUAUUUGUUGUUUUGGUUUCAUUAAAUAAAUGAGCUACUCCAUAAAUUUUAUGGAAAUACAAUUUUUGCUUUUAUUCUUUCACUAA